AUGUCGAAUGACAAAGACCAGAGGAAUGAAGAAUCAAACAACUACAGAAUCAUAUCUUCGAAAAGACAAAAUCAAAAGACACAAAAAUUCUCCUACAUUACAGAUCCUGUGGUCUCUGGUUCUUUGAUUUAUGGAAGAUAUGCAGAAUGUUUUACUCAGAUCAUUGUAACCUCUUUCAUUGGGUUGAUAUUUGCCGUGGUCUUCCAUUUUGGUCUGAAACAGACUAGAGAUCGAAAGAUCAUCCCACGUAUAAGAUUGUCACGCGCAGGCCACUUACCAAAGCUUGAAAGGUUCUCCCAUUACGUAGCUAGGCAAAUGGGAUUCAAAGAUAGGAGAAAUUGUCCUCAUCUAUGUAGAUUGGCUUCUGAAUACAUACGGAAAUACGAGGGAUUUGAAGAUGAUAUAUACGCCUUCUUUGAGAAUGAACCAGAUGCUGAUUCACUUUAUGUGAAGCUCGUAGAGGAGUUUGAGAGAUGCAUUCUUAGUUACUUAGGAUUCCAUUGGAACUACGGUGAUCUAGUUAUGAGUCAGGUGUUGAGCUCGGAAAAUGAGCCAAAAAAGAAGCUCAAGAGCAUAGUUAUGGCAGCUACAAGGGAACAAAGGAUUGAGAGACUUGCCAAGAAUCUGAAGGUAGCUAGAGUUUUUAAUACAUUAGUAGAAGAGAUGAAAGCAAUGAGAGUUGCUACAAGUGAUGACUCUCGAUGUACAGAAGUGAUGGCUCCAGUAGCUCAUAGCGAUAGGAGUCCAGUGCUUCUGUUAAUGGGUGGAGGUAUGGGAGCUGGCAAGAGCACCGUGCUCAAAGAUAUUCUCAAAGAACCUUUCUGGGCAGGAGCAGCCGCAAAUGCCGUAAUAAUUGAGGCAGAUGCCUUCAAAGAAUCAGAUGUCAUCUAUAAGGCCCUUAGCUCAAGAGGUCACCAUGACAUGAUCCAAACAGCAGAACUGGUACAUCAAUCAUCCACAGAUGCAGCCUCAUCCCUCCUAGUAACAGCAUUAAACGAGGGACGAGAUGUUAUUAUGGAUGGCACACUCUCCUGGGUGCCAUUUGUUGUGCAGACAAUAACAAUGGCUAGGAAUGUUCACCGUCGCCGUUACCGCAUGGGAGAAGGCUAUAGGGAGAAGGAGGAUGGAACAGUAAUCGAAAACUAUUGGGAAAGAAUUAAAGAUGAAGAACCUGAACAAGUUGGUGGCAAAAAGAGAAAACCAUAUAGGAUAGAGCUGGUUGGUGUUGUGUGUGAUGCUUAUCUUGCAGUUGUCAGAGGCAUAAGGAGAGCUAUCAUGUGCAGAAGAGCAGUGAGAAUAAAGUCACAGUUGAAAUCCCACAGGAGAUUUGCUGAGGCAUUUAUGACUUACUGUCAACUAGUAGAUAAUGCACGCCUAUACUUCACAAACGCAUUAGAAGGCCCAGCUAAGUUGAUAGGAUGGAAAGAUAGAGACAAAACACUGCUUGUUGAUCCAGAUGAAUUCGACUGUAUGAAGAGGCUAGCCAUGCUGAAUGAAGAUGCAAACUCCAUUUAUGAACUUUACAAGCACCCCAACCCAGCUUGUGAAGCUGGAUCAGUAUGGAAAGACAUUGUAUUAUCUCCUUCAAGGUUGAACAUCCAACAAGAGCUCAAGUAUUCAAUCCAAAAAAUUGAAAGCAUGAACUAUAAUAAAGUCACCAUGGAGAACAGAUGAAAUUUCGGCUACAAGAGACUAGGAUCAUGAGAUGAACCACCAAAGAUUAGGCAAGAAAAGCAACUAGCUGAUGUUUGCAACCGAGAAGAUCGACUUCAUGUUUUAGCAACGUUGAUUACCAUACGUGUAUAAACACGUAGCAUUUAGUCUUUAAUCUUACAGAAUGUUUUUAUUUAAUUAUCUAACAGGAACUUGUGAACGCAGAUAUUUCCUAAGAUACAGUUAAUAUCCAGACACAAUGAUCAAUCAA